AUGAUCCCACCAUCCUCCCACGCGAAUUCCUCGCCUGCUUUCACCGUUCAAAGGAGAGAGAGUGAGAGAGGAGGAAAAGGGGAGAAGACGAAGACAGAGCGUGCUCUUUCUCUUCGCUGCAAAUCUCCUCCUUUCUUCUCUCACUUCCUUUUUUCCUAUCAUCUCUCUUCUUAUACCUCUUUUCUCUCUCUGUGCUUCUUUUCACGUUCAUCUUGGCGCGGAAAUUCGAUCUUCGAAACCCUAAUUAGGGCUAGGGUUGGGAUUUGGAUCCUUUUGAGCUUUGCAGUCAUGGCGAACGGCGGGAACGGGGAUCAGUCCCUGAACGAGGGCGAUGGCGGCGAGAGCAACGCCAAUUUCCAAAGGGUGGCGCGGUCGUGGACCGGGCAGGGUCAGUCCGUGUCCCUCUCCACCAGUGGCAGCGCCGGCGGGUCGCCGACUAGCCGUAGCGAGCCGGCCGUCGCCAUGACACCUGCUGCCGACGAAGGAGCCUUCGCUCGGUUGAACCAUCUUGAUAUCCAUGGCGAUGACGAGGCGUUCCCAUCCAAUGUCGGUGGGAAGAAGAAAAAGAGGGGGACCAGGGCUGUGACGGGAGAUAAGAGCGGGAGGGGGCUUCGGCAAUUCAGCAUGAGAGUAUGUGAAAAGGUGGAGAGCAAGGGUAGAACCACAUACAAUGAGGUUGCCGAUGAACUUGUAGCAGAAUUUGCAAAUCCUAGUAGCAUUGCAUCUCCUGACCAGCAACAAUUUGAUGAGAAAAAUAUACGUCGAAGGGUCUAUGAUGCAUUAAACGUUCUCAUGGCAAUGGAUAUUAUAUCAAAAGAUAAGAAGGAAAUACAAUGGAAAGGAUUGCCUCGCACUAGCUUGAAUGAUAUUGAGGAGCUCAAGGCAGAACGCAUUGCUUUGAGAAGCAGGAUUGAAAAGAAAACUGCUUACUUGCAAGAGCUUGAAGAACAAAUAGUUGGUCUUCAAAAUCUUGUACAGAGGAAUGAACAAUCGCAUGAUCCGGACAAUAAUACUUCAUAUUUGCAUUUACCAUUCAUCUUAGUUCAGACACGUCCGCAUGCGACUGUUGAGGUGGAAAUAUCUGAAGAUAUGCAGCUGGUGCAUUUUGACUUCAACAGCACCCCAUUUGAAUUGCAUGAUGAUGCAUAUGUGAUGAAGGCUAUGAAUCUUUGUGGGACAAAUAGAAACAAUGGAGAACAUGAAACUCCAGCUGCAAAUGGUGGGGAAAGCUCCAACAUGCUUGUCACUUACCAGCAUUCAUUGCCUCUUCCUUCGAGACCAGGUGCUGCUGCAGGCCGGCUUUCUUCUUCACCUCCAGUUCCAGGAAUUCUUAAAGGCCGCCUGAAACACGAGCAUAAUGGAUAAUCCUGUGAGGUUAUUCAGUCUCCUGAAGGAAAAAAAAAUAGUUGGUAUUUAGUACAAGGGCUACCCUUUUGUACAGUGUAAAAAUAUGGUCCAGCUAAUGGAAAUAGCGGAAGAUGUUGAAGAGGUGGCCUCUUCUCUUCCCUUUUGGCUUGGGCUCUCAUUCUCAUGAUGUUGUAACACUCAAUGGUCAAUGGAAGUUCUGUUGCCAUUGAUCUAAUUCAAGUACAGCAAAGUUUAACAC